AAUAACCGAUUAGUCGAAAAUCGACUUUAGAUCUCUAGGACAUGCAAAACAAAUAAAAAAUUAAGAAAAAAAAAUAAUUCUUUUGCAGUGAAAAAUCGUAAAGCCGAAUAACCUUUUUACUCCUCAGAAAGAUGAAUAAAUUGAAGACGACACAAAAGGAUAAGGUGAAAAAGUUUAUAUCUCUAACGCAGACCGGAGAACAAACAGCUAUUUAUUGUUUGCAACAAAAUGAUUGGAAGUUGGACUUGGCCAGCGAUAACUAUUUCCAAAAUCCCGAGUACUACUAUCGAGAAUUAAAUGUUAAGAAAAUUGAUUCACUAUUUUCUCGCUAUCGGGAUCCAAAUGACACUCAAAAAAUUAGUUCGGAAGGUGUAAUACGUUUCCUAGACGAUUUAGAAUUGAGUCCAGAUUCAAAAUUGGUUCUAAUAAUAGCAUGGAAAUUCCAUGCAGAAGUUCAGUGUGAAUUUACCCGCGAGGAGUUUGUUAAUGGUAUGAGUGAGUUGGGUGUCGAUAGUGUGGAUAAACUAAAAGCCAAGUUACCAAUGCUCGAGAUGGAACUGAAUGACUUGGGUAAAUUUAAAGAUUUUUAUCAGUUCACUUUUAAUUAUGCUAAGGAUCCCGGCCAAAAAGGCAUUGAUUUGGACAUGGCCAUUGCAUAUUGGACUAUUGUGCUGAGUGGGCGUUUCAAGUUUCUAGAAUUGUGGUGCAAGUUUUUAAAGGAAAAACAUAAACGUUCGAUACCAAAGGAUACAUGGAAUCUAUUACUUGAUUUUGCCACACAUAUUGAUGACAAUAUGAGCAACUAUGACUCUGAGGGAGCGUGGCCUGUGCUAAUUGAUGAUUUUGUCGAAUGGUGCCAAGAAAAUGGACAGCUCUUACAUUACCUGCAGCAAACAAAUCAAUCUCUGACGUCCGUACCACCUCAACAGCAGCAACAAUCGAGUCAGCAAAAGAACAUAUCCAAUAGCUUUCACACAUCCGCGCACAGUAUGAACUAUGGCUAACGUUUGUUGGUCACCGAAACAUAAAUAAAUGGCCGAAGGAAACCUAAAUAAUAAACAGAACUCAUAUUUUAAAUUAUUUUUACUAACAAAGGAAAUAAUGUAAUUUUUUGCUUUUAUUCAGAUUUGAGAAAGAGAGAGAGUAACAAACAACAACAAAAGAAAAGAAAAAUAAACAAAACAAAGCAGGAAGAAAAAGUAAUAAGAUGUGAAACCAACUCCCCCCAUAUAAGAAAUAACAUCAACAUCAAAUACUACGUCUAAUGAAUUGUAAUAAUGUAACGUAACAUAAUGAAAUUAAAAUAAUUAAAAUAUGUAUUUAGUAAACCGCAACGUGUCAUUGGAUGCGUUUAAAAAAAAAUUAUAAUUAAUACACGGCAAAGAAUUGAAAUAUGUAAUGAGAAAAUAUUCUACUUUCUCUAUCUUUUUUCUCACCUAUCUAUCUAUACUUCCACUCUACUUCCUUGGCAUUGAGGAAGAUUUCUUGUUUGUAUUUUUUACCAUUAGCCCACUUUUCUUUUUUUUACAACCUCUACUAAUUUUUCUACAAUAUUUUUUAAAGAUCUUUUCGCUAAACUAUCUACACCACCACCACCAACUAUUGUUUUAAGUGCUUUAGAUUUAAUAAUACAAAGAAAAAACUAAUUUUUGCUUUCCUGUAUGUAUAAAUAAAUCAUGAAUAGUUUUUAAACAAUAAAUAAUGCUAAUUCAUUAUCAAGUGAAAA